CAUUAGGAGGAAGUCACACCAUGUCCGAUUCGGCCUCCGAUACGCUCGAGGGCCCGUCGUUCCAUACCGCCAAGAGUGCGCUGCUGUUGGACGACGUCGAGCUGUACGGUGCGAGUCGCCGUCUUCGGUCCCUCACACCGAACGCAACCGGCAAGCCAGGUGGUGGUGGAAAGAAGGACGCUACAGUGGCGUACGGCGGUGAGAUCGGUGGCGGUGGCUCAUCAUCCUACCAGCAGCGCCGGGAAGACGAUUCGCCAGCGAUGGACGCUGAAGCGGAAGGUCCGACCACCACAUCCACAGCGGAAGGGGGCAAUGAACGGGAUGGUAUAGCACGGACCCGUUACACGGCUUCGCAGCUGUUGGCGUUGCGCGAUUCGAACCUAUCGAAGGCGCGUCCACCGUGCAUGGAUGAUCCGAAGUCGGAAAAGCAUCUGAAAAUGAUUUCGAUGCUGGUACGCCGCUCGGAAACUCCGUACGACGAGGAUGGGCCGAAUGGUGGUGGACCUGGCGGCGGCGGUGGUAGUGGAGGUGGAGCAUACGGACGCAACCGAUACGCGUACGGUGUUGGAGGUGGUGGCACAUCUGGUGGGAUCGGUACGGGUGGCGGUUCCGGUGGUUCAAUGUCCGGCAGCGGUAAUGGCGGACACGGCGUUGGGCGUAACGAGAUGCGUCGUUCGGUCGGGGGAAGCGGUGGCGGCGUAGGAGGAGGUACGGGAGGUGACCCAAAAGAAAGACUGCGUAAGGAGGAAGGUAUUGUGCUGUCACCGCAACGUCGCUCAUUUAACAUGGGGUGUCAGAUGCCAUCCGCACCAUCAUCCUCAUCGGGUGCAGGAAAUCUCGGUUUGUCCGGAAGUUUGCUACGAUCCGAUCGUGAUAUGCUUGGUGGUGGAGGGGGUGGUGGUGGUGGCGGCGGUGGUGGUGCACGAGAACGUCGCAUCGGAAGCGGACGUAUAAUGACGCGGGACAGCAUGUGGGAGUAUCGCAUGGAGUCGGGAGAUUAUCGUCAGGGUGGUGGCGGCGGUAAUGCGUCAUCUUCGUCCGGAGGGUUUCGUGAUCGAGAAACGAUGCGCGAUGGAGGAGGGAAGGAUGGUAAAGAUGGUUCACGAGGCGGACGAAACAAUGAUGGACGCAGCGGUCAGGAUAAAGAUUAUCAUGAUGAAGGACGUGGCGGCGGCGGUGGAUACGAUAGAGAUUCCCGUGAACCUCGUGAUCGGCGAGAUCGAUGGGAUAAAAGCGAUAAUGGACGUGGCCCGAUGCGUGGCUUUCACAAGGGCGGUGCAUCUUCUUCCGGCGGAUACGGUGAUGGGCGCGGCGAUGGAUCUUAUUACGGCUACAACAACAGCUACGGAUCGGGAGGCUACAGCUCAAGCAACAGUAACAGCCAUCAUCAUCAUCACCAUCACCAUCAUGGCGGUGGUAUGUCGUACGGUGAUCGUAGACGCUACAACAGUGACAACGGGCGCGACAACGAGGAACCGGAAUGGUUUAGCGAACCAACAUCCCAGCACGACACGAUCGAAUUGCGCGGAUUCGACGAAACGGUUUCCGAGCAUGGCAGCGAAUCUGCCGGCGAAACGACCAGCGGUAAUACGAACGAUUCUGGAUCGUCCGAACAUCAACCGGAUGUGCAGCAGCAGCAGCAGUCCACAGAAUCACAGUCGCUGAAUGACGACACCGAGCAGGAGAGUACCGAUGAAGUUCGGCUUUCUGGCAACCGUUCUUGCGAGCAGGAUAUUUUGAAAAUGAUCGAGAGCAGCGAAGAUAGUGAUCGACCGAAAGGAGGAACAGCUACGGUGAACGAGAAUGGCAUCCGGAAGAGUGGCGAUAGGGGAACUUCAACACCAUCACAACCAUCAGGUGGUGGAGAUGAAACGAUCAACGACGAUAUGCGGCUGAUGGAGGAACUGUGCGGAUUUCGCGAUCGUGUCCUGAACGAGUACAGCGCAAUGGACAUCCUGAAGAACACAUACUCUUCCAUGAUGAUUGAUGUUGGUGGAGGUAGCCGAGAGUCUCGCUUUUCGCAAUUUUUCCGCCAGGACAACGAGAAGGGAAAUUCCAACGAUACGAAAGAUACACGCAGUCGUCAGAAUUCGCUCCACGAAGAUAUUGACAAGAUUAUGAAGGAUAUAGCGACGUUUGAGGAGGGUGCGAAUGUGUCUUCUGCUUCCUGUAACAAGUAUUUCGCACCUAUCUCACCGGCUGCCACAUCGAACUCCUCGCAGUCAUUCCUCGAGCUGUUUAACCGCUCAUCGGCGUUGAAGAACCAUCAGCUGGAUCCACUGCUAACGCAGCAACAACAGCGUCACCAUCAGCCAUCGAUGGAAUCAAAUCAACCGUUUGACCGGCACUCCGCUAUGCAGCACAUGAAAUCGAUGAUGACCGACGCCGAGGCGCAACAGCAGCAGCAAAAGCAACAACUCCACCACGAACAUCAGCAACAGCUGCAGAAUCGUAAUCUGCAGCAAAUGUUGGGUGUAACGGGUGGCAGUGCGUCGUCGGCUUCUGCUACACCGCCGGUCGGUGAUCGUACUGCCGGACCAGUACCACUACCCAUGCCCGGCCUAGGUUCGAUGCCCAGUCCAGCCAGCCACUUAGGACAGGUGCACAGCGUCGAGGAGCUGGAGGCACGCUUCCGACUGUCCGAUUUGAACAGCGAUAUAGCUAGCGCCGGUUCCGGUACCGGUGCGAUCAGUGGUAGGGCUUCCGUAGCGAACGAACCAUUCCCGGAACCGAUGGCGAUCGGUGCCAUUCCGCGACUGAUUAUGCCGGGCAAUGAUCCGGCGAUUGGUGUGAUGCAUGCGCAGCAAGCGCCACAGUCUGCAUCACAGCCGCAGCCACUGGACAGUGGUACGGUUCGGCAGCAGGAGCUGAUUGCGUUCAAGAAGCUGCUCAACCAGAUGAGCGAGAAUCAGAUGAAUGGUGUGAGUCCGACGGCAGCACCACCACAACCGGUGCCACCGCCACAACAAUCGGUUGCGCACCAUAAUCAUCCGGCGCACGCUGCGCAUAUGGCGGCCGUGGCGGCCCAGCAUCAGGGUGGUCAGGGUCCGCAUCAAGGUACGACCAUGUCUGCACUGCCGGCGAUGCUUCAAAUGAUGCAUAUGGCUCCAAUGCCCCAUCCAGGAACCGAUCAACGCCACACCGAGCUGUUGAAGCGUCCGGAAACGCAAACCCUGAUGAUGGCUGUUGCCCGCGGCGAAGUGACGCAACACAGUCUCUGGCAGCAGUUAGCAAAUCCAGCGACGGCCCAAUCACACCGGGAAAUUAUUUCCGCCGUACUGGGUGCCUGUAACGGUGGAUCCCGUGUCGUUUCGCCCAGCCUGCUCCUCAAUCCGAACAGUAUUCAACCGCCAAUGCCAAUGCCGAUACCACCGCCUCCUGCGCCUGCCGGUGCCAACGCAAAUUUGCUAUUUCAUCCCAAGCAACAGGUGCGCCUUUCGCCGCUGCCGAACGGGAUGCCGCAGCGUAUUCCGUCACCGCGUGAGCUGCAAUACCACACGCAGUCUAUCCUGCAGAACGCGCUGAUAAGAAAAAAGCUGGAGGAACAGCGUGAGAACUAUCGUAAAAGACAGGAACAGCAGCAGCAGCAGCAGCAGCAGCAGCAACAGCAACAGCAGCAGCAGCAGCAACAGCAGCAGCAGCAACAGCAGCAACCGCCGCAGCAACCAUCACAGCUACAGCAACCAACUCCACAGCAGCAGCAAUCUUCAUCUCAACCACAACAAUCACAGCAACCGGAGCAAGUGUCGCAAGAGAUGCAGCUCAAGCUGAAGGAACAACCGUUAAAUCACCAGAAUGCACCAUCACAACCGAUGCAAAACUUCCCACAUCUCCAACCACAAUCCCAGCCGGAACAGGAUCCAUCGAUGCCGCAUCAUCCAUCAGCAGCGGGCGCGGAAUCCUUGCCGGAGCAGCGCCAUUCGCAACAUUCCAACGUUGCUGAGCAGCAACAACAGGCCCAACCGGCACCAUCCCUGGGGCAGCCAAUGUCCGCUGGAGGGCCAGCGAAUGCGGUUGAAACGGUUACCAUGGCUUCACCGUCGUCCGCCAUGCUGAAGGGAGGCCCCGGUGGCCGUAUGAUCGGUACCGCGAACUCCGUUUCGCCUUCGAAGCAAAACAUGCUGCAGGCGCAACAGGUUGCUUCACCUACACCGCUAGCAUUCACACCUACAUCGGUGUUGCGCAAGAUGACUGCCGCCCAGGACAAGGAACCGGACAACGUGAUUCCACACCAUAUGCAACAGCAGCAAGCUCCUCAAUUAUCCCAGCAGCAACUGCCAUUACCUGCCCAUCAGCAAAUGUUGCUUAGCGAGCAGCAACAGCACAUGCCAGACGUAGACUCGGGACGUAUGGGUGUGAGCAUAUCUGCACUGUUGGAAAUGCAACAUCACCAGUACAUGAAGCAGCAGAUGCAUCUGCAACAGGCGCAGCAGCAGCAGCAGAAACCGUUCCCACUGCAUCCACAUGCCGGACAGCAUCCAGUAAUGCAUGGGAUGCAACCGCCGCAGCCAGGCUCGCAGCAACAGUCGCAACCGGGACCGUUCCCUAACGAUUCUCAACCACCGCAAGCGGACCAUCAGCAGCAGCGCAAUAUGUCUGGCCAGCCGACACCGUUCGGGCCGCAAGCUGCUGGACCACAUCCGCCGCCGAUGAAUAUGAUGCAUCACCAUGCACCGGGCGUCCCCGGACAGAACCAUCGGCCGGUAGCGAUACUGAAUGUAAUGGCUCCGAUCACGCCAAUCCCAUCGUCUGUGGUUGGUGCGAUGCGGAAUAUGCAGCCUGCGAUGCCAAACAACAUUCCGUGGAAUAUGAAACAAUUGCAGCAGCAGCAACCGCAGCCCCAGCAGCAACCGAAUCUGACCCAAACACAGCCAACUGCUGGUCAACAGGCACUAUUGCUACCGCAACUUGCUCAGCAGCAACAGCAACAACAGCAGCAGCAACAAAAUCAAGCCGCACAGUCGCAACCCCAGCAACAAACGCCGCCGCAGCAGCAACACAUUAGCAUGCCGAAACCACAAGGGCGACCAAUACUCAAAGGUGGAAGUGGAAACGGUGCUCAGGUACCACCACAGCUACAGCAGCAGCAGCAGCAGCAGCAGCAGCAGCAGCAACAACAGCAGCAGCAGCAACAGCAGCAGCAGCAGCAACAACAGCAGCAACAGCAACAACAGCAGCAGCAACAACAACAGCAACAACAGCAGCAGCAACAACAACAGCAGCAGCAGCAGCAGCAAAUGCCGUUGAUACAUACACUACCCCAGCACGGUCUAUCUCCGAUGAACUUUUCUGGCAACAUGGAUUUCCAGCAGCAACCAUUCAACAACAAUCGCAGCGGUAAUCCGAUUCUUGGUGCGCAUCAUCCCAUAACACAGCCACCCCAACAGCAGCAGCAGCCCCAACAACAACAGCAGCAGCAGCCGCCGCAACAACAUUCACCCAACAUAAUCAGUCCCCAUAUGCAGCAAUUGCUCCAUCAGCAGCAGCGUCACCAGCAGCAACAACGUGCUAUCCGUAAUCAGCACGUGCAGCAGCAGCAGCACAUGACAAUGACGCCACAGCAACCGUUCCGACUGCCUGGCAUGUCCGUCGGUGGUGCUGGUGGUAGUGGCGGUAAUGGUGGUGGUCAGCAGCAACCCCAACAACAGAACGCAUCCGUAAACGCACCACCGUCCGGUGGCGGCGUUAUCAACUACAACCGUGAUGGUGGGCUGUCCCCAACCAGCAACCAGCUUGCCCGCUGGUUUUCGCCCGAACUGCUCGCCCAAGCGUCGGCCGGUAAGCUACCGUCGCUGAACAUCGGUCAGGCGAUGAGUCUGGAAGAGUUCGAGCGCAACAUUCAACACUCAUCGACUAUUGUACAUAACUAAGGUUCG